CUCCAUGUAAUUCGAGUUCCCGUCGCCUGCGCUACCCGGAGAUCCCCCCAUUGUUGAGAUCCAACAGCGGUCGCGUCGAAGAGCUAGCACCACUUCCAUCGCCUCCGACGGAAAGAGGAACCAUGGCAUAAAGCACAAAAUAUUUCUUGUAUCAAAUCCACCGUUGGAUCCGAAUUGGUCAAGCUUAAGACUGAGGUCAACAUGAGGUUUGAGGGGUUUACAGACGGAGUAUGAUGUCAUCUGACAACCGAAGCCGAUAAGGCGUCCUCAUCCUCGCUCUUCAGUUUCCCCUUUCCUCUCGCUCUCGCUCUCGCGCUCGCUUCCCUGAUCUCCAAUGGAAGCAAUAAGCCCUCGGUCUUUGCUCUCUUUCUCUUCCCAACUAUGCAAGCCAAGGAUGCGUGUGGCAGGGAUUCCUCAGCCCCAGAAUAUAAAAGUAAAAAGAAGUUUUGAGAUAAUUUGUCAUGCCAUGUUGGCGCCGAGGAAGCAUAUGCAGAGAAAGAAAGUGGAAGUUUAUAAAGAUGCUGCUGAUGCUGCUAACCAGAGAAAUUGGAGAAAAUUGAUGGCGGAAAUAGAAGAAUUAGGCUCAGCUGUGCCUGUCCUUAAGACCCGAAGGGCUAAAGAAGAUGCACUGCCUAGAGAUCUUGUUCUUGGGACGCUUGUAAGAUUUAAGCAACUAAAGAAAUGGGACAUUGUUAGCGAGAUUCUUGAAUGGCUUAGAACUCAACACUGGUGGGAUAUUAGCGUGAUGGAUCUUUUAAUGCUUAUAACAGCUUAUGGUAAGCUUGGAGAUUUUAACAGGGCUGAGAGAGUAUUGAGGUACAUGAACAAAAAAGGUUAUUCUCCUAGUGUGAUUUCACAUACUGCUUUGAUGGAAGCAUAUGGGAGAUCUCAUCAGUACCGGAAAGCUGAAUCAAUAUUUCGUAGGAUGCAGUUGUCAGGGCCAGAUCCUUCACCAAUAACUUAUCAGAUAAUUCUUAAAACUUUUGUUGAGGGUGACAUGUUUAAGGAAGCUGAAGCAGUUUUUGAAAGCCUUUUGAAGGAAGAAAGAUCUUCUUUUAAGCCAGAUCAGAAAAUGUUCCAUAUGAUGAUUUACAUGUAUAAGAAAGCUGGGAAUUCUGGUCAGGCUCGUAGGAUUUUUGCUCUCAUGGAUGAGAGAGGAAUCCCUAAAUCUGCAGUCACAUAUAACAGCCUAAUGUCAUUUGAAACUGAUUAUAAGGAAGUCUCGAGAAUCUAUGACCAGAUGCAAAGAGCUGGAGUAAAACCUGAUGUUGUUAGCUAUGCGUUGCUUGUAAGUGCUUAUGGAAAGGCUAGAAGAGAGGAAGAAGCAUUGUCAGUUUUUGAGGAAAUGCUUGAUGCUGGUGUCAGGCCAACACGGAAAGCUUAUAACAUUCUGCUUGAUGCCUUCGCAAUAUCUGGAAUGGUAGACCAAGCUCGGACAGUCUUCAAGAGUAUGAGGAGAGAGAAGUACAAUCCUGACCUUUGCUCCUAUGCAACCAUGCUAUCUGCUUAUGUAAAUGCAUCUGAUAUGGAUGGGGCUGAGAAGUUCUUUCGCCGGAUUAAAGAGGAUGGUUUGAAACCAAAUGUGGUUGUCUACGGAACCUUAAUGAAAGGCUAUGCCAAAUUGAAUAACCUUGAGAAAGUAUUACGCGUAUACGAGAGAAUGAAUUUGCAAGGCGUUGAGGCCAAUCAAACCAUCUAUACCACCAUCAUGGAUGCCCAUGGCAAGAACUCUGAUUUUGGAAGUGCUGUCGUAUGGUUCAAAGAGAUGAGUGCCCAUGGGCUCCCACCUGACCAGAAAGCAAAGAAUAUACUUCUGUCUUUGGCUAAAACGGCAGAAGAGAAGAUUGAAGCUAAUGAGCUGGUGGGUAAUGCUAAUGUUAGUUCAAACGAUUCACCAAAUGAACAACUUAAGUUUCUUGGUAGUGAAGAGCAUGGAAAUCAGAUCAAUGAUUCAGAAAUAAAACAUCCUGAAAGAUUCGAAGCUGCUUUUGAUCAAUCAGAGGUAAACAGAAAUGAGUUAACUGACAUAGGUGACGAUAAUGAUGAUUAUGAAGAGGGAGUUGCAGGGCGAGUGCACGAGGAAGCAUGCGAGAUUGAUUUUGUUUCAUUGAAAAGAGAAAAGAGCCGUUAUUCAGAAGAGGCUUGUUAAAAUAAAAACCGAUUGUAAUAUUCCUAUUACCAAUUUAUUAUUGGCAUUAUUGGGUCGAUAUUUUCUGUUUGUUUAUCAA